AUGUCUCAAAUAGUUUACUUGAACGAAGAAAAAACACGGGGUAGGUAUAUAUACCCAAAUGGAAACGUAUAUGUCGGGGAUUUUAAAAAUGAGAAAUUUCAUGGGCAAGGCACUUUAGCCUUUAAGGGAAAGGGGGAAUAUAAGGGAACUUGGGAAAAAGGAAAACUUGUCCAAGGGCAAUACUACUACAGUGAUGGGUUACAGUAUGAAGAGGAGUGGAAAUAUCUAAUAGACACCCCUUAUUUUUAUAAGGAACAAAUUAACAUGAACGAAAUUAUUUACACAGAAGAAAAGAGAAGUGCCUUUUUGGACAACAUUUAUGAUAUAGGCGAUGGGUAUUGCAAAGUUGAGGACAGUAUUGUCUACAAUUUUGGAGAUGAUAAAGAAAUCAGAAAGGUGAACGAGAGGGAGAAGAGCUGGAUAAAAAAUCACUGUGCAAAGUAUUAA